AAGGUCGCUCCAAGAUGGGCUAAAUGCACAAGAGGAUGUCCAGUAUGUAAAGCACGAGUAUUUCAUACCGAUGAAUACGCGCAGGCGCUGUUGGUUGCUGACGUCACUGUUCCUUGUGGGGCUCACAUGCGCAUGCGUCUUCCUGACCACGGAUAGGUUUGUCACCAAAUGGCAGGACUUCUCACCACGACAAACGGCCGACCGCAAAGAGUCGUCAGAGAGACGCACAACAACGCCAGAACGGAGUCCGGAAUCUGCCGGAGAACCACCGAAAACACGUGAUCCGGAACCAAUGGACGCCGUGAACCCGCUGAAGGGUUAUGUGGGGGUGCCUGAUGAGUCAAAGCAACUGAACCUGAGCUGUGGCGCCUGCGCACUGGUGACCGGUUCAGGUCGGAUGCUGAACUACAAGGCUGGGAACGAGAUCGACCAGGCCGAUUGCGUCAUUAGGAUGAACGAGGGGCCCGUUGUGGGGUACGAAAAGCAUGUCGGGAGUAAAACAACGCUGCGCGUCAUUGCUCACCCGUCUAUUUUAUAUGUCGCCUUGGAUGCGGCUAUUUUGGAGGGAAACUACAAAGUUCUCGUCUGGGGGCCAAGCAAGGAAAUGGACGCCAAGACAGGAAAAACCUACCCGAAAGUGACAUCCUUGCAGGACAGACACCCGAACUUACAGGUUUAUAAACUGACCGAGGACAAGAUACGGUACGGCGACAGGGUGUUUGAAGCAGAGACUGGACUUCCAAGAGAGAAGUCUGGAACGUGGCUCAGUACAGGCUGGUGGACAGUCUUGGUCGCUAUGGAAAUCUGUGACGUCAUCAAAGUUUACGGAAUGAUCCCCGAGGGUUACUGCAGAAACCACCCGGAUGAUCAGACAUUUUAUCACUACUUCACUGGCAGAAGGUACCGCAUGGAAGACUACAAGGAGUGCGCGUAUCAAAACGAACAGCAGGAUUUCCGCGGUGGCAGCCACAAAUAUCUAACGGAGAAGGCGAUAUUCGCGCGAUGGGCGCCUCUGAACAACAUCACCUUCAUCAACCCCUCAUGGGACCUUUAGGCAGUACCUAGCAGAUCCGCUAGGGCGCCACAGAACAACAUCACCUUCAUCAACCCCUCAUGGGACCUAUAGGCAGUACUUAUUAGAGCUGCUAGGGGGCCACUACCUCUUCUCGUGCUGCCCAUUUUAGCUCUUUUAUAAAAGCACCUUCAGAAGUUAAGCGAUAAGUAGUCACAAGGUCAAAGGAGCGUCAUGAUGUGUUGUGCAUUGCGUCAUGAUGUGUUGUGCAUUACGUCAUGAUGUGUUGUGCAUUACGCUAUCGAGGCAUUUUAACUGAACUUUCACUGCUGCAGUUUUCGCUGUUGUCAAA